AUGUCUCAUACUUAUAAUAGCUUAUCGAAUUGUAUAAGCUCAUUGAGUGCAUCAGUUGCAUUACUCAAUGAUUCUCUAAAGACCAUAGACAAUGCUACAAAAGAUAUACCACGAUUAAAGAAGGUAUUGAGCACCAAUAAGGUUUUCGGUUUAGUACCAGAACUGGAUCUAGAGAGUGCCAAAAGAAACAUUCAAAAUGAAAUUCAACCACAGAUAAAUGCAUUGGUGAUAAAGAUAGAGAAAGAGUUGAGUAAGCUUAAGAGAAAGAAAACUAAUUUGGCAAGCAAGGUUGAUCUACAGCAAGUGCGAUUAGAAAAUGCCGCUAAAAGCAAUAGAGACUCCUUAAGUGGUAUAAAAGGAAUUACCGCCAACAGAAUCUCUAAAGGUGAUAUUGAUGAACUGAAAUUGGCUAGAUUGAAGCUAUUACAAAAUAAGAAAGAACGCUUGAAAUAUAGCUUGUCGAGGCUAAACUUACAAGACAAAAGAGCAAGAUUAAGUACAAUCCCCUCAUUACCUCCACACAGGGACUCAUAA